CUAGCUCUAAUGGCGGCACCUUAUGCUCCUCACUGCUUUACAAUUGGAGGAACGAAUUACUACAAUCCGGUAAAUCAUGAAAUGAUUACUGGUUACGACGUUCAAGGAGACGAGGAGGAUAUGCACUUAUGUGCUACAUGCUUGUACGCACGAAAUCUAGCUACAGAAAGAUCAUUAUCUUCAUGGGAAUCUGAAAUUGAACCUUAUCCACCAAUCCAUCUUCCUGGAUAUUUAGCUUGGCUUGAUUUUGAUGCCGAUGUUCUAGAUGUCCAUCCGCGUAUAAUUACCCGGAUUGUCACUUCAAUGACCCAAAUGUGGAAUACUCACUUGGAAGCACACCGUGGAGCAUUAUCAAUGUUUGGUGAGAGAAUUUCUUUUGAAAUUAUGUCUGAUGAAGUGAUCGUUCUUCCAAUCUUUUGCAAUUUCUGCAACGACAACGUUGGGUUUCAGAGGUUUGCUCCGGAUCCAUGGGGACAACUUCAACCUUACGAACAGCCCCUCUUGGAUAUGUCCACUGUUGUCAAGUAUCAAGCCCACUGAAGCUGGUUGAUUUUUGGCGGAUGAUGGAGAUGAAGUCUUUUUCAGCUUUACACUAAGUAACAUACCCUACCAGUAAUUAUGAGCACUUCUUUAUUAAUUCCCAAAAUCACUCUUACCGUAAAACUUAAAUAUGCUCAGAACCUCCAUGUCUUCUAUAUAGACAUAAUUAACCUAUUAAAGCGUAAUAUUUCACAACUUAUGCUUUCUUUUGCAUGU